AUGAUUAAAUUAGCAACAAGAACCAUUAAUUAAUUUAUGCAACAAUAAAAAGAUUUAUUUGCUCACUAUAAACAGCCAUCAAUUAAAGAAGACUCUUACGUAACCGGCUUGAAAUUAGCUAAUUCUUUGAAGGGAAGUGAAUUGGUCCCAUUCAUUCCAAUAAAUGGCAGAUAAGUGAACUUUUAUUAUUGUGGUCCCACAGUCUAUAGCAACUCCCAUUUGGGUCAUGCAAGAACAUAUUUGGGAAUCGAUGUAAUAAGAAGAACAUUAAGAGAUUACUUUAAUUAUGAUCUAUUGAGUGUUAUGAAUAUCACAGACAUAGAUGAUAAGAUUAUUAACGGAGCGAAAUUAGCCAAAUAAGACUUUCUUGAAUUCACAAGGGUUUGGGAGAAGGACUUCUUUUCGGCCAUGGAAGCACUCAAUAUAGAAUUGCCUGAUGUUAUAACUAGAGUUAGUGAUUAUGUGCCAGAAAUUGUGACAUUCAUUGAAAAGAUUAUUGCUAAUGGGUAUGCUUAUGACAGUAAUGGAAGUGUGUAUUUCGAUGUUCAGAAAUAUUUGGCUGAUGGACACACUUAUCCUAAAAUGAGACCAGAGAUGAAUGUUGAUUUAUUAUAAGAGGGUGAAGGAGAAUCAUAGGUUAACAAAUAAUAAGAAAAAAGAAGUCCCAAUGACUUUGCUUUAUGGAAAGCCAGCAAACCAGAGGAACCCAAAUGGCCUAGUCCAUGGGGAGAAGGUAGACCAGGAUGGCACAUUGAAUGCUCAGUCAUGGCUAGUGCCAUUUUGGGAAAUCCUAUUGAUUUACAUGCAGGUGGCAUUGAUCUGAUAUUCCCUCAUCAUGAUAACUCUCUUGCACAAGCUGAAGCAUGUUUCAAUUGCGAUCAAUGGAUCAAUUACUUUAUUCAUCUUGGUCAUCUUAAUAUAGCUGAUCGUAAGAUGUCCAAGUCUCUUAAGAAUUUCCUUACCAUUGACGAAGUCCUCAAGAGAUACACUCCUCGAUAGGUCAGAUUAAAUUUUGCAAUCCAUUAAUACGAUGCUGUGAUGAACUAUUCUGAAGAGCAAGUUGAAUAAGCUAUUUCAAAAGACAAGGCUUAUCAAGAAUUCUUCCAAAAUACCAAGAUCUAUUUGAGAGAAUCAUAAGUCACAGGUCCUUAGAAGUGGACAUAAAAUGACUUUUAAAUCAGCAAUUCACUUAGAAAUACUAAAUAAAUUGUUCAUGCAGCUUUACUUAAGAAUUUCGAUUUUCCAACUGUUAUAGAAGCAAUUGACAAACUAAUUAACUAAGUUAAUGCACAAAUCGCAGGCAAAACAGUCAGAGCUCCACUAGUUCAAAGCGUUGUUCAAUAUGUCCAUUUUAUUUUGGGAUUACUAGGACUCAAUUACUUAACCUUAAAUAAUAAUUCAAUUGACAUCAAGUCAAUAAUGGCUGAAGUAUGCUCCAUUAGAGAUCAAGUGAAAUUGGCUGCCAGAAAGGGGGAGUUUGAAGCUAUUUCAAAUAUUGUCACUUAGAAGCAUUUCUAGUAUGAGAAGAACUUGUCAAAUUUAAUUGUGGAUAACAUCAACCAAUUUUAAUAAUAGGUCUUGGCUGCUUCUUAAGAAAAGAAUAAAUAGCAAUUGUUUUAACUAUGUGAUAAAUUGAGAGACGAAUAAUUAUUUGAGUUAGGAAUUUAGAUAGAGGAUAAAGAUAAAGAUCAACCAUCCAUUUGGAAAUAAUACGAUCCAAAGGAAUUGAAAUUGGAGAAAGAACAAUAGUAAAAACUGAUUUAACAAAAAGAAUUGAUUAAGAAGAAGGAAGAAGAGAAAAAAAAAUAAGAAGAAUUAGAAAAAUUAGAAAAGGCAAAGAUUAAUCCCAAAGACAUGUUCCUAUCUUAAGUAGAUAAAUACUCUGAAUUUGAUGAAAAAGGCAUACCAGUCAAAGAUAAAGAGGGAAAUGAAUUAUCCAAAAAAUAGAAAAAAGUUGUUUAAGAUUUAUGGGAAAAACAAAACAAGAUUCAUAAUCAAUAUUUAGAAAAAUUAUAGAAAUAGUAAUAAUAGCAAUAAUGA